AUGACAGAAUUAAGCGCACUUUCGACAACCGCCGGCGAACUUCUGAAGGAAAGAGGCCACACCAUUUCCGUGUCCGAAUCAUCCUGUGGCGGGCUCUUGUCUGCGUCACUCGUGUCGGUGUCGGGGGCAUCGGCGUACUAUGUCGGCGGAGCGAUAAUCUAUACGCGCGUGGGGCAGGCAGGACUGCUGCGCGUGCCCGACGAGGCGAUGGAAGGGCAACGCGCUAGCACAGAAUACUACGCCGCGCUCAACGCACGAACGCUGCGCGAGAUUCUCGGCACGACGUGGGCGCUCAGCGAGACGGGAGCAAGCGGCCCCACUGGCAACCGAUAUGGCGACGACGCGGGCCAUGCCUGUAUCGCCGUCUCGGGUCCAAUCGAGCGCGCCAUCACCGUCGAGACGGGAGACAACGACCGCGAAGCCAACAUGUGGGCAUUCGCAAGGGCCGCUUUCGACCUUCUGGAGCAGUGCAUCCGCGAGGCAGACUGA